AUGCUGCAGCAGCUGCACCUGCAGCAGUGGGUCUUCAACAAGUAUUUGUGUGAGUAUGGGACGAGGAUAAGCUCUAGGAAUCUAGGGAGUACAAGGAGGAGGAGGAUUGGGGUGGGCGAUGGGGAGGACAUGGGGCAGGCUUCCAGAGCCCUACAAUUAUUGCUCUCAUUCGAGAGCUCAUUCGACGUUCGCGUUCUGCUCUUUGCACUGUUUCUGUCUAUGUAUUUGGUCACUGUUUUUGGAAAUCUCGGAAUUAUAGUGCUUAUAUUGACAAAUGACCAUCUUCAGAGCCCCAUGUACUUCUUCCUUUCUAACCUAGCAUUCAUUGAUCUUUGGUACUCCUCAGGUAUUACACCAAAAAUGCUGACUGACUUGGUUUCAGCAGAAAAGAGUAUAUCUUACCUUGGAUGUGCUUGCCAAUUGUAUUUUUUUGUUGCCCUUGGAAGUACAGAGAGUUUUCUUCUUGCGGCAAUGGCAAUCGAUCGCUAUGUAGCAAUAUGUAAUCCACUUCUCUAUCUAAGGAAUAUGACUAAAGGAAAAUGUCUUAAGCUAUUGAGUGGAUCUUACAUUGGUGGCUUUCUUCAUUCUUUAAUACAGACAGGCUGCGUAUUUCGCCUUUCAUUUUGUGGCUCUCACCAAAUUGAUCAUUUCUUUUGUGACAUUCCACCAUUGCUAAAGCUCUCCUGUACAGAUACUUCUACAAAUGAGCUUAUUCUGUCAACAUUUGCAUCCCUUGUAUCAGUUGUCUCUAUUAUUGUCAUAUUUAUCUCCUAUGCUUCUAUUUUACGUGCUGUUUUUAGAAGUUGUUCUGUACAGGGAAGACGCAAAGCUUUCUCCACCUGUGGCUCUCAUUUUAUUUGCGUUAUUCUUUUCUACAGCACAAUCCUCUUUAUGUAUCUUAGACCAAGCUCAAUAUAUUCUUUACAACAAGACAAGAUCAUCUCAGUAGUGUACACAUUGGUUAUCCCAAUGCUGAAUCCUCUUAUCUACAGUUUCCGAAAUCGAGAAAUGAAGCUUGCACUGAGGAAAAUCAUACAUAAAAAAAUUGUUGUGGAGAAAAAGAUUGGUAAUCAUACUUACCUUAUCCCGGCUUCUACCUAUCGUAGGUAA